AUGGGGAGUAUAGUGCCCAGCUGGCCUCCCCAGGACGGGCGGGGCGGGGUACCCGGGAGGCGGGCGGUGACAGCUCGGCGGCCACCCCGCCGCUCAAAUAGCCGCCGCCGCGACCGGCGCGGAGCUGGCACGGCCUCCCACUCGAUGGUGACGGCGGCGAGCGGGCGGCCCGGCGGCACCCCGGAGGGUCGGCGGCCCGGCUGUUCCCCCGGCGGCUGCCCGCGGCGCCCGGCACGGCGGCGGCGCUUGGGGACCGCGGCGGCGGCAGGGGAGAGCGCGCAGGAGCUGCAGGCUUUCCGCGACUACGGGGAGAGCUGGUACCGCUCCCGCAAGGGGCUGGAGAGCCGCUUCCAGCCGCGGGAGCCGCUCGCUCGGCAGCCGCAGGUGACUGCGGAGGCGCGCUGCAAGCUGGUCAGCUGGCUCAUCCCCGUGCACCGGCACUUUGGGCUCUCCUUCGAGGCGCUCUGCCUGGCCGUCAACAUCCUCGACCGCUUUCUCGCCACGACCCCUGUGGCCGCCGACUGCUUUCAGCUCCUGGGGGUAACGGCGCUGCUCAUCGCCUGCAAGCAGGUAGAGGUGCACCCACCUAGCGUAAAGGAACUCCUCGCCCUCUGCUGCGACGCCUUCACCCGCCAGCAGCUCCGCAACCUGGAGUGCAUCGUCCUGCAUCGCCUGAACUUCGACCUGUCGGCGCCCACSGCCAGCUUCUUCCUGGAGCACUUCAGCCAGGUGCGGCUGGAGACUCGGGGGGCCGACGCGGCAGAGGCGGCGGAUGCCCGGAGCCUGGCUGCAGGUGUCGCGGAGCUCAGCCUGGCCGACUAUGCCUUCACCAAAUACGCGCCCUCCCUGCUGGCCGCCAGCAGCCUGGGGCUGGCGGACCGGCUCCUGAGCCACCGCACUCCGCUGGACCUACGAGUCAGCGGCUACCCAGAGGAGCUCCUGCGGGACUGCAUGGACCAGCUGCAGCUCCUGGUGUCUCUGAACGGGCGUUCCCUGUCCCUCCUCCUGCCUCCUGAGGUGGCCCAGAAGUGCCCCGCGCUUGGCGGUGACCGCUGACAGCGGGUGAUGACGGCGAUGGCUCCGGCUCGACGUUUGUGCUCCACGGAGUCGGUGUAAUCUGAUCACUAAGCCUUAGUGCCAUUGCAGUUUAAAAAAUAGAUGGCGUUUUGCAAACGGUUUUUCGUGUCAUAUCAGCUACAUUGUCCCUUUGCUAUUUUUUUUUAAAAUUCCAGCGUGUAAAUAAUAUACUGAAUCUCAUGUAUUGUGUUAUUUAUUUGGAGCGUGGUUCAUAA